AUGAGGCGCAGUGUUGCAAUAGUUAUACAUAGGAAUAAUGACAACAAAAGACGAAACAGUGAUGAAAUAUUUAUGCGUAUGUAUAACCACCACAUCAACAGCCGCACUUCUGAGGACUUUGUGGAGGAGCGAGAGCUUGAACUGGAGGAAAAAGUGGAGGUAGAAGUGGAAGACGAAGAAGUGGAGGGUCUGAAGGACGACAUCCGGGAUCCCCACCUCUUUUAUCAUCGGAAAAGCCGUGGAAAAACAACAACACCCACAACAAACGAGUCUAAAACCCGCAUCCAUCCCCUCACUAACCAGCAUCCAUCACAUACCAAAACCAACCCAACCCAAACCCAACCCAUGGGAGUGUAA